AUGUCACCGCUCAAGAAGUGUUGUGUGGCAGUCAGCUUCAUCUUCCAUUUACCCAAGGACGACGCCAAAAAUACCAGACCAAAAGUCGCUCUGUUCAGACGAAGCGACAAGGUGCGAACCUACCAACACAAAUACGCACCUGUGUCCGGCUCCAUCGAACGCUUCGACGAAAACCCACUUGCAACAGCAUGGCGAGAGAUCCACGAGGAAACUAGCCUCACCCCGUCCUCAGUCAAGCUCUUCCGCCAGGGUAAACCGUUUUCGUUUGUUGACGAGUCCAUCCAGCGUGAAUGGACCGUCAAUCCCUUUGGAUUCAUUCUCAUAUCUGAUCCCUCCAACAUCACCAUCGAUUGGGAGCACGACAGCUACGCGUGGUUCGACCCGGCGGACGUCGCUGACGACGACAAGGUCGACGGCGUUCCCAAGUUGCUGGAGAGCCUGCGAAGGGUGUGGUUCGAGUUCGACUUUGGCCCCGCGGCGCCGGUUUUGGGCGCCGGCCUGGCGAGGUUGAAGGACGACCACGAGAGCGGCGCGCGGCAGCUAGCGGGCACGGCGCUGGAUAUCUUCGCCCAUGUUUUGAGCAGUUUGGAUCCGUCCGACCAAGAGGCCUGGUGGGCCAACGCACGAAGGUCGGCCUGGCACUUGUGGAAGAACGGGAGGGAGAGCAUGGGGGCGCCGAUCCUGAGCGUCGUGCUGGCCGGCCUGGACGCGGUUCGUGACGGGAUAAAGGGCGGCCUGUCGCCGGACGUGGUCGGCCGCGUCGUUGCCUCCUUGGGCGAACUUGCGCAGCAGAGGGAGGCGUCGACGGGCAGAACCGCCGACGCCUUUGCCGCAUUCCUGCAGCAGUAUCCGGAUGACAGGCCUGUCCGCAUUCUCACGCUGUCGUCCAGCUCGACAAUCUCAUGCUGCCUCAUGCGCGUGCUCGCCAGCCCCAAUCACAGACUCGACCUCCGCGUCUUGGAAUCCCGCCCGCUCUUCGAGGGCGUCAAACUCGCCCACAAGCUUUCGCGCUUUGCCGCCGAGAAGAAUCUCUCGUCGCGUGUUGAGGUCACGGUCAUGACGGACGCCGCGGCGGGCAUAGCCUCCCAGGACGUGGACCUGCUCCUCCUGGGAGCGGACCUGAUCGACAGGCAGGGCAAUGUGAGCAACAAGACGGGGUCGUUGCCGGCUGUUCUAGCCGCGAGGCAUGUCUCAAAGCAUGUCAAGGUUGUGGUCGUGAGUGAGAAGGAAAAGGUGCUGCCUUUUGAAGCGCCGGGCCAUGAAGACAACGAUGCUGGUGAAUUGACCGAGGUUUGGGACCGCAUGGGAGUAGCGAGGGGAGAAGGUGAGGGCGCACCGGGGGGUGUCAAGGUGAGCAAUGUGUAUUUUGAGUGGAUUGACAAUGAGCUGGUGGAUGCGUACGUCACGGACGAGGGCGUUUCGGGGACGGAGGAUGUCAUGCGGUGGGCGGAGGAUAUUGAACGGAGGGCCAAGGACGUCUUUACCGGGUUGUGA